UUUUCUUCUCUUCUUCUCUUUUUUUUUGUUUUUUUGUUUCUUCUUUAUAAAAGAGCAUAUGAACUCGAAUAGUUGGAAUUUGCGACAGUUGUUUGGUUUAAUCGAUCAGAACCAAGAUGGCAUUAUUGAUGUACAGGACCUUGUGGCAGUCUGUACUUUACCCAACACACAACUUGAUCAAAAGACGCUUUCGGGUAUACGAAAGGUGGUAGUAGACAACCAAUCAGCCAACCAUCAGCAAUUAGCGUUUUCCGAGUUUGCCUCUUUACUUGAUCGCCAUUCGAUCAUGACAACCGAAAUCAAGUCGGAACAGCUCGGGAAAAUCCUGGAUAUUGUCGUGACCCAUACUUUAUCCGUGCCUUCUACCACGAACACCAGUGUUUUUGCUUCUGAUACCAUGAAACAUUUAAUUGCAGGAGGCGUUGCUGGCGCUGUUUCGCGUACAGUAGUGAGUCCAAUGGAACGUAUGAAAAUCUUAUUUCAGGUUCAGGGUCCAAACAUGCCAGCUUAUACAGGUGUUUGGUCUACUCUCACUCGGAUGUGGAAGGAGGAAGGCUUUAAAGGUUUCAUGCGAGGAAACGGCACAAACGUCAUCCGAAUGAUCCCUUACAGCGCAUCCCAAUUCGCCGCCUAUGAACAAUUCAAAGCUUACUUGAUGAAGGACGGUAAGACUGAAUUAGACACGCCCAGUCGAUUAUUAGCAGGUGCCUUAGCUGGUACUGUCUCUGUCGCAUGUACUUAUCCACUUGAUCUCGUACGCACUCGACUAUCCAUUCAAUCCGCCACACUUAUUCCAUCACCCACAACAAAACUGCCGGGGAUCAUGGAUACAAUUCAACUGAUUUAUAAAACAGAGGGUGGAAUACGUGGGUUAUAUAGAGGUUUGUGGCCAACGACGCUGGGCGUCGCUCCCUACGUUGCUCUCAACUUUCAAUGUUAUGAGGUUCUCAAGGACUUUAUGAUCCCUGCCGGGACAGAACAAGGCAAUAUUAGAAAAUUAUUUUGUGGUGCAUUAGCUGGUUCAAUCGCACAAACCAUCAUAUAUCCAUUAGACGUGCUUCGUAGACGCUUCCAGGUGAGUGGGAUGAAUACGAUGGACUAUAAAUACACAGGCACAUGGAACGCAUUAACCACCAUGGCAAAGAAAGAAGGCAUCAAAUCACUGUACCGAGGUCUACUACCCAACUAUUUAAAAGUCGCACCUGCCAUGGGUGUGACUUUUUACUCUUAUGAAUUAUGUAAAGACUUUAUGCAUGCAAAAUAAUUAUAAUGAUAAUGAUAAUAAUAAUAAUAAAAAAAAAAAAAAUAUGUAUUUA